AUAAAAACUGGUGCAUAUUCUACAUAUUGUAUUAUUGCAAAAUUGUGAUCUAAUUGCAAUUAUGAAGUUCUUUAUUGCGUUCGCUGCUCUGACUGCCUUGGCAGUUGCAGUUCCUGUACAAAAGCCCAUCAACCAAGAUGAGGCGCAUCUCCAAGCCAUCAUUGAUGCCAUCAACAGUCCUCACACUGACCCCGCCACCGCUGCUCUUCUUGAACAGCAGCUGGAAAGUAUCUUGGGUGAACUGAAGCCUAUCAUUGACCCAAGCCCCGCUCUUGUGGAUGAGGCUGAAAAUAUCAACAUUGGGCCCGCUCUAUUAGAUGAAAAUGAGCCUAUCUCAACCGACCCAGCUUUAGUCGAAGGAAAUGUCCCAGUUAGCGCUCCACUGGUUCAAGUUAUCAUAAAUGUCAAUGCCAAGCCAGCCAAGCCAGCGCUUAAACCUGAAGAAAUUGACAACAGCCCCGCUAUCGUCCCUGAAAGUCCCAUUAUUCCAGACCCAAUCAACAUUGGUGAACCUGAACUCCCCCUUAAGCCCGAUCCUAUUAAUAUUGGAGUCCCAAUCCUGCCUGAUCUUGCGAUAAACCUUCCUGAAGAAUUACACUAAGUCACUGGCAAAUGUACCUGACGAUAUUUCCUACAAAGAAGCUGUUUUUUGAAACUUAAUAAAGUUUAAUGAGUUUUCA